UGUGUGUAAAUUUGAAGUGGAUAUCUGCACUGGAAGUAUUAGUAGUAUCAGUAAUGCUUUAAAGGCACACUACAUGUACCUUUUUUUAGGUAAAAGAUACAUGCUAAAUGUAUAUGCUUAAGGGCUACCACCCCAAUGAUAAGGAAUGGUAUUGUUUAGAACCCUUUUUUCCUAAACUCUAAUGAGGCUGAAUGACACUAGCUGUGCAGCUCAGUGGUCAAGCCUUAGGACUACUGACCGGAUGGCUUGUCCAAGCAGUCCCAGCACUGCCAAGCUGUCAUUGUUGGGCCCUUGAGCAAGAUCCUUAAGCCUCAGCUGCACAGCUGUAUAAAUGAGAUGUAACUUUCACUUCUGCAUGAGGGCGUCUGCCAAAUGCCCUAAAUGUAAAUGAUGUUAAGAAGAGUAGUAUGCGGUUUGAAGGGGUGGUAUACUGCUAUUUUUAGCUUCUUCAUGUCCUGUAGACUAUAAUCAAUAUGGAAAACUAGUAGGCCUACGCCACCUAAGGUGACUGCUAAGCUCAUGCCUUUGCAUCCUGUCCCACUGUGCAUCCUGAUCAAUAAUGUAGCAUAAUAACCGCGAGGGCAACUGAACCGCAGGUUUAAUCUUUAUUUAUCUGCAUCCGGCUCCAGUGCAGUCAGCAAAACGCUCUUUUAAAGCAUGACCCGAAAAGUGUGCAAGCGCCAGAUAAAUUAAAGCGGCAGCAGCAGCGACUAAAAAAAGGGCAGAUUUAAAGGGCAAGAUCGGUGCUGAAGUGCGGAUGGGGCAAAGCAGACUAGCCGGAGAGGAAGUGAGAGAGUGAGAGAGAAAAGCAGCAUCAGCUCGCAUCCUGAAGCGCCUCGGCUCGCACCGCUGCCAUCUCACGCACCGUGCACAGACCAGCAAGAAGCAGCCACGACAAGGACACCAUGGCGGUGAACUGCGCGCUGUGUCUUGGCCGGACAUCGCCGUUGGCUUUUACCGGGAUGCGGAUUUCUACAGGCCGCUGACUGAAACACCGCAAUAGAGGAGGGAAGGACGGCAGAGGUUCUAAAACGGAACGAGUGCUUUGUGAACGCUGCAUCAGCUGACCUCACCCACCAACGAUCAUGUUAUCCAUCUUGGCUGCGGGCUCUGUGUUUUUCCCAGGGCUCUUCCUCUUGUCCAAGCAGUGUCUGAAACGGCUCCCUGGUCUGAGAUGGAGCGAGGGGGAUGCAGUCAUGGUGUCAGCCAGGUUGGUGUCAUCCGUCCAAGCAGUGAUGGCCUCCUCAGCUGGUUACAUCAUCUCAACUUCCUGUGAUGACAUCAUCGAGGAUCAGCACUGGCUGACCACCUCCUACAUCCUGUUCGCCGUGCCCUACUUCGUGUACGAUAUAUAUGCCAUGUUCCUGUGCCACUGGCACAAGCUUCAGGUCAAAGGUCACGAGGUGGAUAAUGGGCCCAAGUCCAAGUCUGUGGCCCUGAGCAGCUACCUCCGCAGAGAGUUCCUCAUGGUCUUACAUCAUGUUGUCAUGGUCACCGUGUGCUUCCCCAUCUCCGUGUUCUGGAGGCAGGGGAAGGGUGAUUACUUCCAGGGCGUCAUGUUCUUAGCUGAGCUCAGCACUCCCUCCGUCUGCCUAGGCAAAAUCCUUAUUCAGUACAAGCAGCAGCACACGCUACUUCACAAAGUGAAUGGGGCUCUCAUGCUGAUCACUUUCUUCAUCUGUCGAGUCCUUCUCUUCCCCUACCUCUACUAUGUUUACGGCAGGUACGCGUCCAUUCCUCUUUACCAGGUCCCUCUUGCUGUGCCGUGGCAGUGUAACUUGGGUGCUGCGCUGCUCAUGGCACCGCAGCUCUACUGGUUCUCCCUCAUCUGCCGCGGGGCUCUACGCUUGUUCACUGGUCGCUCCUCACGUUCCCGUAGCCCCACCUCUCCCUCCAAGCUCCUCCCAGAUGGACACGCAUCUACUUCUCAGCCAGCCAAUGGCUACAGUGGUCGGGUGGCCACUCUAGACCCGCCCACCACCAUGAUUCACUAAGAGAGACACUGAGCUAAAGAACAAAUAUAUGUGUGUAUGUGUGUAUGAGUUUGAGACUAAAUGGGUCACAAAAUGAGCCUGAAUGAAUUAACUGUGAAGAAGAAGACAAAGAUAAAAUAAUCAGAAGAAAAGAAGUGACACUGGAUCUGCAGACACAGGAAGUGUAACAGAGUAGUUGUACUACAGCGGUACAGCACUCUUUUUAGCUCCAAGACCCAUGUACUGCAUAUAGGACUGCUUUAGUAGACAUAUAAGAGCUGUGCUCAAAAAAAAAAAAAGAGACUGGAAUGAACUUUGCGGUUGUGUUUGCACAAUAGGCAAGCCUAUGUCAGAUGCACAAGUUUGAACAACUGAGGCAAUAUGCGUCAUUAUUAUGCAUUAUUUGACACUAAAUGGGUUAUAAUGACUGAUUAGAUAGGCAUGUAUUGGUUUUGUGCAAGAAAUAAUACAUUUAAUGAUGAAUAGACAUGACUGAAAUUUUCACAAAAAAAAAAAAUCUAAAUCAAAAUGCAAAUAUUUUCAAAUAAAAGUUAGGUUUAUGUAAAACCCAACUGGCAAUAAAACCUAAAUUAGUUUCAUAAGCAAGAUCUUGCUUACUUAAAACAGAGAUUAAACACAGAUCUGCAAAGACAUCAAACACUAUUGAGCUUUUUCAACCUCUAUAGAAAGACCUUUCUGGAAUGUAUUAUUUUGUACAUGCUAGUUCCUUGUUUUUAGACAGCCUGGCUAAGCUUAAUAACCGAAGCAUAAAAGAAAAGGUGAGAUGCUACUCGAAAGUCCUGUCCUAAGGCCUUAUGGAGACCUGUACAUUGACUUUAAGGCAGAACAUUCAGGUAGAUCUUAACCAGCACUAUCAGCUGUAUCUAUCUAUAUAUCUAUCUCUAUAUAUAUACUACUUGUAUAUACAAAGAUAAAAUAGACAACCCUGAAUUUAUAGGUGAAAACAAAUGAUCAAAUAUAUCGCUGCCUUAUCCUUUUUGUAAUUUUGUGUAAUUUUAGUUUAUAUUUGCUUUUUGGUUAUAGGAGAAUAUUAAAAAAAAAAAAAAAACAACUACAGUGUGGACAAGGCAAAGGGGAAAACAUUCUCUUAACAUUUUUAUUUAUGCUUAGUCUUUGAUGACAAUUUUUUUGUUUGUUGUAAGUUCCAAUUUAUUUAUUCAUUCUUUCAUUAAAAUAUAUUUUAUUUAAUUAUUUAGUGUUUUUUUUUUUAAUUUAUUUAAUUAUUUACUCUUCUGUCCACUCGGUCCAAGAUUUAUGUUCAUUAUCUUACUGGUUAUGAAAAUGUAUGUUGAAACUCAUAGCCUGUAUUGAAUUCCUAAAUUAUUAAAGUUAAUAUGACCCUAAUGGACAUAUGACCCUACAGUAAACCUGAAAUGCUUGCAAUUGCUGUCUUGCUUUUCAGUUUUUGGAAAGUAAUAAACUACAUACAGGAGGGAAACUACA